GUUGAAAGUUUGUUGGACAUUACCCCUCGACAUGCAGUUAGACUGUGAACUGCACUCUGCUGUGCAUUUUAACCCCUAAACAAAGAUACAGGACUGCUCGUGGUUUGUUUCAUUUAUUUGGAUUGAGAAUGGUCCUAACAGUGUAUUACGAUGUAAUGUCGCAACCAUGUAGAUCGGUGUUGUUGUUCUGUGAGGUUAACGGUAUACCGUACGAGAAGGAAGUCGUAUCUAUUGGCAAAGGGGAGCACAUGUCAGAAGAGUUCAGCCAAAUUAAUCCAGAGAACAAAUUGCCUGCAAUAAAAGAUGGUCUGUUCUGUCUCAGAGAAAGCGUUGCUAUUUUGAAGUACUUGGCAGCGAAAUACAACACUGCAGAUCACUGGUAUCCACGAGAUCUGCAGAAGAGGGCAAAAGUGGAUGAGUAUCUCGCUUGGCACCAUGGUAACACCAGAAAGGAUGCAAUAUUUGUAUUCUGGACUGAGGUGCUUAUUCCACGAAUGAGGGGCACAGAGAUAAACCAGCCAAGACUAAAAAAAGCAGUUGCUGCAUUUGACAACACAAUGGAUAAAAUUGAGAAAAUAUUCUUGAAAGAUCAGAAAUUUCUUUGUGGUGAUGACAUCACUCUUGCGGAUAUAAUGGCAGUACCAGAGUUCUUGCAGCUGACUGCUUCAGGUCGAGAUAUUGCUCCAGACAGUCCAAAAAUUAAUGCAUGGAUUGAGAGAGUGCGGUCAAGACUACAGCCAUUUUUUGAUCAAUUCCACACACCAAUAUACAAGAUGAGACAAAAGAGACUGGCAGCAAAAGAAUCAAAACUGUAAAUAAUGAUUCAGAUUUCAUGCAUCACAUGACUGGGUGUUGUAUAGCCAACCAAGUACCAAGUAUAAUAGAUGUGUACACCUAAAAUAGCCCA